AUGGCGGUGUUUGCGGAUUUGAAUCUGAGGAAGGUCUCUGACACGAAAGCCCUUAAGGGUCUUCUGGAGAACGCUGCUCACCUUGGGUUUUCGACUGUUGCCAUUAAUCAUGUUGUGGACUUUAAGGAAAAGAAGCAGGAAAUUGACAAACCAAUAGUUCCUUCUGAACUUUUUUCAUCUUUGUCUAUUGUACAGGGGAAAUCGAAACCUAUUAAAAUUUUAAGUAGACUGACACUUAUAGUAUCAGAUCCAUCUCACUGCAAUGUUCUGAUUCGAGCAACAUCUUCUCGUGUCAAGCUAUAUGACAUUGUUGCAGUUUUUCCUAAGACAGAAAAACUUUUCCAUGUUGCUUGCACUAGUUUAGAUGUGGAUUUGGUAUGCAUAACAGUAACAGAGAAAUUGCCAUUUUACUUCAGAAGACCUCCUAUUAAUGUGGCAAUUGAACGAGGCAUCGGCUUUGAGAUUACUUAUUCUCCUGCCAUCAAAGACUCUACAAUGAGGAGAUAUACCAUUUCCAAUGCACUCAGUCUGAUGCAGAUCUGCAAAGGGAAAAAUGUAAUUAUAUCUAGUGGUGCAGAAAGGCCUUUGGAAAUAAGAGGACCAUAUGAUGUAGCAAACUUAGUUUUGUUUGGACUCUCUGAAAGUGAUGCCAAGGCAGCAGUAUCCACAAAUUGCAGGGCAACGCUUCUUCAUGGAGAAACCAGAAAGACUGCUUUUGGUAUUAUUUAUACAACAAAGAAGCCAAGAACAUCUGAGGAUGAUGAUAGUGUUCCAGCCUGCAAAAAAGCCAAGUGUGAGGACUGACUGAAAGAGGUGCCUUGUCUUUCACCAACCCAUCCCUCUCCUUUCAUUGACUGCCACCAAUGGUCAUGAAAAUGCUUUACCACUCUCCCUGCUUGAAUUUUGUGUUGGAAUUAAUCAUUUUAUAAACCUUUUUUAUGUCCCACUCAAUAAAAAUGAAAA